GUCAUGCUCUUAAUCCGUUCAAGAACAUGACAUGACUCAGGUCGAUUAACCCGAGCUUCUUGUCGCAUUUACAGUACAUUAGAGCAGCAAAGCAAAACGUCUGAAGGCUGAGGCAGUGAAUAACAAUGUCUGGACACCGAGGGAAUUGGUCAAACUGGCUGGAGUUCCUGUUCUCUGUGAUUGGUUCUAUGGUUGGCCUGGGGAAUAUAUGGAGGUUUCCGUACAUCUGCUUUCAAAGUGGAGGUGCUGCCUUCCUGAUCCCCUACUUCCUGGCCAUGUUUGUGUGCGGAAUGCCAGCCAUCUUGUUGGAGCUGAUGUACUCCCAGUACUCCAACCUCGGACCCGGAAGAGUGUGGAUUAUCUGCCCUUUGUUUCAAGGAAUAGGUUACGGCAUGGUUGUCCUCACCGCCAUCAUCAGCAUCUACUACAACGUCAUCCUCGCUUGGACUCUGUACUACAUCGUGGGGUCAUUCAGUUCAGUCCUACCGUGGAGCACUUGUGAUAAUGAGUGGAACACUGACCUUUGCCACGUAAGGACUGACCAGUCCAAUUCAUCACACGUGCCUCUGCAUGGGAAUGAAACUCAAGUGAACACAUUGUCAGAGCUUGGAACAACCAACAUCUCAAACGUGCUGCUGUCUAACAUGACUAACCGGACGUUGACACCUUCGGAAGAGUAUUGGAGACACCACGUGCUUCAGAUGUCCUCGGGCAUCGAAGAUGUGGGAAGUGUCCGGUGGCAGCUGCUUGUGUGUCUCCUGGUAGCCUGGCUGGUGGUCUUCCUCAGUCUUAUAAAGGGCAUCAAGUCAUCGGGCAAGGUUGUGUACGUUGCAGCCACCGUUCCGUAUCUGAUUCUGAUAGCUCUGCUUGUUCGUGGAUUGCUGCUUCCGGGUGCUGUAGAAGGAAUAAGAUACUAUGCUAUACCACAGUGGUCGAAAUUACUGGAUGCUAAGGUUUGGCGUAAUGGUGCCUCCCAGGUGUUCUUCUCUGCUGGUAUUGGCUGGGGAGGGAUAGCUACCCUGUCCAGCUACAACAAGUUUCACAAUAAUUGUUACAGGGAUGCUAUGGUGCUCCCUCUGUUGGACUGUCUGACCAGCUGGUUUGCAGGAUUCAUCAUCUUCGUGUUCCUGGGUUACAUGGCCAACCAGUCCAACCUGCCUAUCUCGGAGGUAGUCAAAGAAGGACCUGGUCUGGCGUUCAUGGCGUAUCCUGAUGCGGUGUCGACUAUGCCGUUGCCGCAGUUGUGGGCAUGUCUGUUCUUCCUGAUGCUGUUUACUGUGGGACUUGAUAGUCAGUUCGUCCACGUCCAGACCAUUGUCACGGCCCUCACCGACGCCUUCCCAGCAUUCCUCGGACACCGGAAGCUCCUGGUUACAGCUUGCGUCUGUUUGACUGGGUUUAUUUUAGGCCUGACGUGCGUUACUCAAGGCGGUAUCUACGUGCUGACGCUGAUGGACUGGUACGUCGGGAGUAUAUCAGUCAUGGUGCUGGCGAUGUCGGAGAUGUUGGUCCUUGCCUGGGUAUAUGGUGUAAACCGUCUGUACGAUGAUCUGGAGAUGAUGAUUGGCUACCGAGUGUCUCCUGUCUGGAAGGCCAUGUGGCUUGUCGCCACACCUCUGUUUGUCUUUGUUUUGUUCAUUGCUGGACUUACCAGCAUGUCUCCAGUAGCUCUUGGUGGGAGGGAAUUUCCUUAUUGGGCACAAGCAGUUGGUUGGCUGAUAGCAGUUUGCCCUUUACUUCCAAUACCUGUGGGCAUGGUGCUGGCCAUUUGGAGGGAAAAGGAUGGGUCUUUGAAAGAGAGGCUGAUCCAAGCAACCAAGCCCAGGAAGGAAUGGGGGCCAGCACUCGGUGGUAAGACUGAAGAAGGGAAGGACGAGAUGGACCUGAAGACUAAAGAUAUGCUGCUCAGUGACGCCCUUAGUUAAUGAAAAAAGGCGAAUUGUUCAUGCUAGAUUUUAGAUAACAGUGGAACUAUCAGAUGGACUUUCCUCUUGUUGAUUGGUUAGAUCGCCCGAACUAUGAAUACCCUCUACCUCGUAUCCCCUAAAUGGAAUAUUGUUUUUUGCUCAGUUCCCGUUUGCGUUGACAUCGGUGUCCUUGUCCCCCAACCUGUCCCAGCCAAAAUUGUCCAGGUAUUAUAGUAGGCAAUAGCAGUGCUUGUAGACACUGGUAGGUAGUCUUCGGUAUGUGGCAGAUAUCACUGGAUAAUAGGCUAUGGCGGAUGGUAGAUAUGGCUAGUAGAACUUGGUGAGUGAUGCACUGUACAAAAAUGAUUUUAGAACCCGACCACGAACCCAAGCACAUUCCGUGUCACGUACGUGCAUCACUCCUUUACAGGCUUAUACAUGUUAGCAUCGUAAAUUGUGAUUCCAAUCUAAACAUUUCUACAGGUUCUGUAAAUGUUUAUGCCUCUAAACACGUUAAGAUUAAUGUUCAGGAUCUAAAUUCCUAAGUGUUACAUGACAGUGUAUUAUAGAUAGUUACGACAAAACCGUUUCCGGAUCCAGUAGAAAUCGCGUUGUAAAUGAGAGUCGAUUGUACAAUAGCGACCACAUUUGUUUGUUUGUUUGUUUGACCCCGCACUAAGCAAUUUUUAACAGUAUGACAGCUGUCUGUAACUAAUCAAGUCUGGACCAGACAAUCCAGUGAUUAGCAUCAUGGACAUCCUUCUACUCUGUUGAGGUACCAUGACAUCUGUCUACCGGGUCAGCGAGCC